AUGCUUUAGCUUAUACCCACUAUAAAUACACCCUUCCAACUCUAAACAUUCAUCCCUCAAAAUACAAACCAAAACAACAUCUGAUUCUUCAAACUCAUGUCAAGUACCGCCGGUCGUGUCAUCAAAUGCAAAGCUGCUGUGGCAUGGGAAGCCGGAAAGCCACUGGCGAUCGAGGAAGUGGAAGUGGCACCUCCUCAAGCUAAUGAAGUCCGUGUCAAGAUUCUCUUUACUGCCCUCUGCCACACUGAUGUCUACUUCUGGGAGGCCAAGGGCCAAACACCCCUGUUUCCUCGCAUUUUUGGACAUGAAGCUGGAGGAGUUGUGGAGAGCGUAGGAGAGGGCGUGAAGUAUCUGAAACCGGGGGACCAUGUGCUUCCAGUGUUCACAGGGGAGUGUGGAGAAUGCCGACACUGUAAGUCGGAAGAGAGCAACAUGUGCGAUCUUCUACGAAUCAACACCGACAGAGGAGUGAUGCUAAGCGACGGGAACACAAGAUUCUCCAAAAACGGACAACCAAUUUACCACUUUGUGGGAACCUCAACCUUCAGUGAAUACACAGUUGUUCAUGAAGGCUGUUUGGCCAAAAUCAACCCUGCUGCUCCUCUCGACAUUGUGUGCGUUCUUAGCUGUGGCAUUUCCACUGGCCUUGGUGCCAGUUUGAACGUUGCUAAGCCUAAAAAGGGCUCCUCCGUCGCUAUCUUUGGAUUGGGCGCCGUCGGCCUAGCUGCUGCUGAGGGUGCAAGGAUUGCUGGGGCAUCGAGGAUCAUAGGCGUUGAUCUCAAUUCAACUCGAUUUGAAGAAGCUAAGAAGUUCGGUGUGAAUGAAUUUGUGAAUCCAAAGGAUCAUGACAACCCAGUCCAGCAGGUGAUUGCCGAGAUGACCAAUGGAGGAGUGGAUCGAAGCGUUGAAUGUACAGGAAGCAUCCAAGCAAUGAUCUCUGCGUUUGAAUGUGUUCAUGAUGGGUGGGGCGUUGCUGUGCUUGUGGGGGUUCCAAACAAAGAUGAUUCAUUCAAAACGCAUCCAAUGAAUUUGUUGAAUGAGAAGACUCUGAAGGGUACGUUCUUCGGGAACUACAAGACCCGUUCCGACAUUCCAAAUGUGGUGGAGCAGUACUUGAAGAAGGAGUUGGAAUUGGAGAAGUUCAUUACUCACUCUGUCCCCUUUUCUGAGAUUAACAAGGCAUUCGACUACAUGCUACAAGGACAGUCGAUUCGGUGCGUCAUUCGAAUGGAGCAUUGAUAUGUUUCCAAACCCCUUUGUGUUCCUCCU